AUGUCGUACAGUAACAUUGUGACACAGGUGAGCCCUGAGCAGCAGCAGCAGCAGUACCAGCAGGCGGUGAUUGAUGAUGACGACGUUGAUCUUGGAUCGACUGUGAACUUGAACAUCCGCGGUGAGCUGUUCCGCAUCACUCGGGAUGAAUUGAUGAACUUGCCGGAGAGCAUUCUCCUGUGCUUGUUCCCGAACGGUGUUUUCAUGGAUGAGGAGGGAAAUACGCUGACCAACCUCACGGAGGAGGACGUUGUGUAUGUGAACUUUGACCCGCUUUGCUUCAAGUACAUCGUGGACUCCUUCGCCGCUGCUGCGAAGAAGCUACCUCAGGGCACCAAGCCGCAGGUGUACGAGGUGUACCAGACGCCUGAUGCCGAUGUUUUGAACGAGAAGCCUGCGAUCAUCGUGUUGAGAGAGGAUAUGGACUACUACGUGAUUCCUCCUCACAAGGGGAUCGGGGCUCCUGGUAUCAGAUCCAUCAAGAUGGCUGCUGGCAGUUACUUGGCGAACCGUACCAACGUGUUUGAAGGGUUGGGCUACAAGCCUGGCAAGAAGUUGGGGCCUGCUGAGGACCAUUUGAUGAACAUGUUGUGCUCCUCAGGUUUCACUCUCGAGACCAACUGGGGCCAUCGUUCGCCAGAGCCUGGCAAGACCGUGGUGACAUCGCUUGCCUUGGUGGACCUGAAGCAUCCAGAGCCUCCACACACGCCUGGCGACUCGCCAUCUUUGGACCCCGUGGCGUCGAACUCGAGUGUGAACACUCAGCCAAAGUCUCGUCGCUCCAGGUUGGCAGAGUUGGCAACCAACGCUGCCAGAUCAGCCUCGAGAUCAGCUUCAAGAAGCAGCAGUAGCAGCAACAAACCACGUAGAAGUGCAGGCACCUCUUCCAAGUUGCUGUUGUUUUGGCGUAAGCCUGCAAGAAAGUGCUGGUGGAAUAAUGAAACCAUUGAACUAGAAGUCCCCGGUAUAAUGGGCAAAGAUGGUGUUGAGCGUACCGUCACGGUCAACGUUCAUAUACGACGUGUGUGGACAUUGGAGUUAUCUGUGAUUGGAGUCCACUAGCUGCUUAAGUGUGUUGUUUGAUGUUGUUAUUACUGUUUAUUGAUCCUUGGCCGUAUAUAAUACUAAUAGAUUCAUUGAGUUUGGUUGAUG